UAAAUCGUUCUGGAUGCGCUUUAAAGCUAAGAAUCCAAGCUUAACACUCAAACGACAAGAAAAUGUGUCAAUAAAUAGAGCUCUCAAUUUCACAAAGGAAAUGGCAUGUUCCCACCUUGACAGUCUUGCAGAGGAAUUGAUCGAGUCUGGCAUUAUUACUGAAGCAGCCCAAAAGGAGACAGGAGUUUGGUCUGGAAAUAUUGAUCUAUGCAGAAUAUUUAAUCACGAUGAAACACCACAGUUUAUAAAUUUUGGUGUUGAUGGUACUCCUGCUGGUCUUGUUUUUGCUACAAAAGAGGGAAACAUGUUGUAAAAUGAUAAGAGAGAACCGUGAAUGUGUCACCAUUCAUCCUCUAGUAUCAUUUUCAGGAGACCUUUGUGUCUGUCAAGUACUCUUUGGUACUGUUGGAAUAACUAAUCAAAUGGCUCCACAGGAAGCUGUGGCAAAUAUUCCGCAUCUCCUGUAAUAACAAUGUGCAAUCAUGGUGUAUCUGAUCACAAUUCGUUAUUAGAUAUGUAUAGAAGAGUUUGAUGAAUAUCUUACUGAAAAAAAAGUUGCACAACCAGUAGUUUUAUUUUUAGAUGGGCAUUGUUCACGCUUUAAUUUUGAUGUCUUAAAGUUUUUACAAUCAAAAAAUAUACGUAUGUUAUUAACUGUACCGGAUACCACUGGUAUGACACAGCUUUUAGAUAAACUCAAUAAAAACCUUUAUCAUGAGUCUCGUGGUAUGAAAAAAAACGUUUUUACCGAUUCUAAUUCACUAAAUAAAGAAGCUUUUAUGAUGAUUUUAGGACGUAUUUGAAACAACUGGGCCCCAAAUCAAUCUAUAAUCAAAGCUGCAAGACGUGUGGGAGUAACUUCCACAUCAUUAAAUGUUAACGAUAUGCAGCAGGACAAGUUUGCACGAGCUGCUUUAUUUAUUGGUACUCCAAAAGGUGUUACACUCAGUACAACAAUUCAUGGAAGAUAUACUAUUAAUUCUCCUUAUAAAAGAAAAAAUUCUGCUCAGUAUUGGAAAAAAAAAUUUGAACGUUUGCAAGAGCUAAUUCAAGAGCUAAGCGAAAAAAGCAUUCAACUUGAAGAAAUUCCUGGUUUACUGACAGUGCAGAAAGUUAAGCCAAAAAUUUCCAAACUUACUACAAGGGUUACGCAGGUUCACGGAUCAAUGAAAGGAAAAAAUGUGUUGGACUUAGUCAAGGUAAUUCAAGAUAAUAAAAAUCAAGAAAUAAAAGAUAAGGAAGAAAGAAGAUGGAACAAAGAGAAACAAAAAGAAGCAUUUUUACGGUGUAAAAAUGAAUGUAACUGUGGAGAAAGUGUGUACCAUGCCAUAAAACUACAGCAAUGCUCUUCUUGCCACAAUGUUCAAAGAUCAGUCUGCGGAAAGUUAUCUUGUAAAGUGGAUGGGAAGAAACCGAUGUUUUUAGCUGCUGCAGCAACCAACAACUUACUCAAACGUAAGGUUAUUGAGCAUGAAAGUGAUAAAGAUGCUAGCAGUUUGAAGGAUACACCAAUAAACUGACUUUACAGUUCUUAUGUCCAUAUAACAAUAUGUGAUAUGAAGAAAAUUCCAUUAUUAAUA